CUAAUCCCGGCGGGCCGCCUGCUCGUACUAACUUGUGAGCGGGACGGAGUGCCAGUCACAAUCUGCUAGAGGCGAGGGAGGGCAAGAAAGACCACUGCAGCUACAAAGGCGAGAGGAGCGCAGUUAGGGAAGUGUUGUUAAACGUGGGCUAUGCGCGCAACAAGGGGGGAGCGCAGAGCACAGAGGAGGUGAACGCAUGUACAGGCUCAGCUUCACACUCACAGCCUCCUUCCUGAAGAGACACAGCGCUGAGAGGGGAAAGGAGUGAGGAAAAACUCAGAGAACAACGCAGCAACUCUUGGACAAAAGUGCGCCACAGCCGUCAAGAGAGAAGUUUGGAUAAAGCGGUCCAAGGAAGACUUUUUCCUGGUCAAAACCUGCUUUGGAAGAGAGAGAGUGUGUGUGAGAGAGAAAGAAAAUGAAUGUCAACGAUGAGAAUCUGCUCAAGUCCAUCAGCAACGACGCGCUUCUCGACCUGACGCAGCGCUACGGGCAGUCAGCCUUCGGGUUUGGCGCUGGCCACGGUGCUGGUAGUCCCGGCAGGUACCCGCUCACGCCGGCCGCCGACUUCCUCUCCGGACAGACUGGGAAGUCCAACGAGAGCGGCGGGGAGCACACGAGCGACGACGAGGACGGCUUUGACUCGCUGGAGUCCCGGAAGAGGGGCUCCUCGUUUGGGGACGACAAGCCCGGCGGGCCCCUGGCCAAAAAGUCCAAAGAGCAGCGGUCCCUGCGGCUGAGUAUCAACGCCCGGGAGAGGAGGAGGAUGCACGACCUGAACGACGCGCUGGACGGCCUGCGCGCCGUCAUCCCGUACGCCCACAGCCCCUCGGUGAGAAAACUCUCCAAAAUAGCCACUCUCCUCUUGGCCAAGAACUACAUCCUCAUGCAGGCUCAGGCUCUGGAGGAGAUGAGGCGGCUGGUGGCGUAUCUGAACCAGGGACAGACCAUAACCUCACCGAUCCCCACCGCCCUGGCGCCCUUUGGACAGGCAGCCGUCUACCCCUUCUCGGGCUCCGCGCUCGCCACCUGUGCCGAAAAGUGCACCACUUACUCCGGGGCACCGUCGACUCUCUUCAAACACUGUAACGACAAGCCUUGAUUUGAUUUACGCUCUUUUUCCUGAACUUUUACCUGUGCUGCGCCCAUGUCAGUCUCUGUCCCACUCUAGUUAAUUUAACACAUAAUUCUGUGGAAAUUAAAACGGUUUUAGUCUAAUGCGUAAUGGUAAGAUAUGGUUAAGUAAUCAUACUUCGAAAAUGCUCUGUAGAAAUUAAAUUGUUUGGGCCUUCCUGUCACUGUGGCUUGCAUGUCUCACAUCAACUACAGGCCAUAUCCAAAAUAUGAACUUAAAUUCUGCGAAGUUUCUGUUAUCAUUUGCAAUCUAUGCAACAUUCAGUAAUUACAAGAAAAAAUAAACGCGACCAUUUUCAACCUUUAGAUUUGAUCCUAAUUAACUAUAUGAAAACAAUCUGAUGUUAUAUUUUCUGAUACAGUGUGUUUGUUUUUAUUUCAACUUAUUGCACAUCUCACAUGAUUGUAUUGUACAACUUUGAAUAAUCUUCAAAGCCCGGUUAUUAUAAUAAUAAUAACAAUAAUAAUAAUAAUAACAAUGGUUAUAUAACUGCAGCCUAUAAACCGAAGAAGCAUUCUGGUUGUGUUACAACAUGGAUUUCAUAUAUUGUUUAUAGUAUGUCUUUAUAAUUAAAACAUAUCUAUGCUCGGGG